GAAUAUUUGGACAUUUUUACUCAGCGAGGUUAGUGCGCCACGGGGUUUGGCUGAGAUCGGAUACUUUUUGCUUACGGAAGACACCCAUCGGAAUUACUGGGAUUUAUUUUACUUCUAAUAAAACAACGGGAGAUUACAUUAUCUGGAUCUUUUUGCAGAGAUAAACCUGUCUCUGCAGCGAUGGCUUCAAACAACGGGACCGGGGUGAAACGAGAUGAAAAAGGCAGGAAUAUUCAAGUGGUGGUCAGAUGCAGGCCAUUUAACACAGUGGAGCGCAAGUGCUCGCACAGUGUGAUUGACUGUGACCAGAGCAGACGGGAGGUGGUGGUGAGGACAGGAGGCCCCAAUGACAAGGCGUCCAGGAAGACCUACACCUUUGACAUGGUGUUCCCCCCAGCCGCCAAGCAGAUCGACGUUUACCGCAGUGUGGUCUGUCCCAUCCUGGACGAGGUUAUUAUGGGAUAUAACUGCACUGUGUUUGCAUAUGGUCAGACUGGUACAGGGAAGACUUUUACUAUGGAGGGAGAACGGAGCCCUGAUGGACAGUUUACCUGGGAAGAGGACCCUCUGGCCGGUAUCAUCCCCAGAACGCUGCACCAGAUCUUUGAGAAGCUGUCGGAGAACGGCACAGAGUUUUCAGUCAAAGUUUCUCUGCUGGAGAUCUACAACGAAGAGCUGUUUGAUCUGCUCAGCCCCGGGGACGACGUCAACGAGAGGCUGCAGCUGUUUGAUGACCCACGCAACAAGCGCGGUGUGGUGGUCAAGGGCCUGGAGGAGAUCACAGUGCACAAUAAAGACGAGGUUUAUCAGAUUCUGGAGAGAGGAGCAGCCAAGAGGAAGACUGCCUCCACACUCAUGAACGCAUACUCCAGUCGUUCCCAUUCAGUGUUUUCCGUCACCAUCCACAUGAAGGAGAUCACACUGGAUGGAGAGGAAUUGGUGAAGAUCGGCAAGCUCAAUCUGGUGGAUCUUGCAGGCAGUGAGAACAUCGGGCGUUCUGGAGCGGUAGACAAACGCGCUCGUGAGGCGGGGAACAUAAACCAGUCUCUGCUCACUCUGGGCAGGGUCAUCACUGCUCUGGUGGAGAAGAGGCCACACAUCCCAUACAGAGAGUCGAAGCUGACCAGGAUACUGCAAGAUUCUCUGGGAGGACGAACAAAGACUUCCAUCAUAGCCACUGUCUCUCCCUCCUCAAGCAACAUGGAGGAAACUCUGAGCACACUGGAGUACGCCAGCAGAGCCAAGAACAUCAUGAACAAACCUGAGGUCAACCAGAAACUCACCAAGAGAACUCUCAUCAAGGAGUACACAGAGGAGAUUGAGAGGCUGAAGAGAGACCUGGCAGCCACUCGGGACAAGAACGGAGUUUACCUGUCUGCCGAGAACUACGAGAGCAUGGUGGGCCAGAUCAACUCUCAUGAGGAGCAGAUCACAGAGUACACGGACAAGAUCGCUGCCAUGGAGGACGAGAUCAAGAAGAUCACCGAGCUGUUUGUGGACAGUAAGAGCAGACUGGAGCAGUGCACUGUAGACUUGGAAGAGAAGCAACAGAGACUGAAGGAGACGAGCAGAGACCUGGAGCAGACCAAAGAGAAGCUGUCCCAGGAGGAGUUUGUGUGUUCGGAGCUCACUGUGGCACAUGAGUCCCUCUACAAUACCGCCGGAGAGUUGCUGAACACUGUUGACGUCAGCACCAGUGAUGUGUCGGGACUCCAUGACAAGCUGGACAGGAAGAAGAAGGUGGAGCAGCACAACCAGCAGAUCCAGCAGAGCUUUGCCCAGAGGAUGGAGGGUGCCUUUAGCCAGAUCCAGCAGAGUAUACAGCUGCAGGGCUCCAAGCACCAAGACAUGCUCAGCAGUUACUCCCAGACCAUCGAUGGUGUGGUGCAGAUGAACGAGGCAGCUCUCCACAGCUCUCUGUCCACAGUGGAGAAGUUUGUGAGUGGAGUGAGUUCUGUGGUGUCUGAGGGAGUGAGCCGCUGCAGAGACAGAGUGAAGGAGAACCAGAGUCUGAGCACACGCGACAGGGACGGCCUCCUACAGCUGCUGGAGGAGCAUCAGCAGGACAUGGAGGAGGCCCUGGUGACCCGCACUCUGUUGAGUCUGUGUGCUGUGAAAGAGCUGGGAGGCGCCCUGAGGAGCACUGUGGAGGCGCAAAGGGAACUGGCUGACAAGGUAGAAGCCAUGAAGGAGAUGGGUGUGUUCUUCAGCGCUCUGGUUGGGGACCUGUCAAAGCUGAGGGAAAGCACGAUUCAGGGUCUGAGCAGUCUGCAGGCAGACCACCAUAAACUGGAGCAGCAGAUCACACAAGCUCAGGCGAGGCACCAGACGAGUAUGAGGCAGACCAUCCAGUGCCUGCAAGACCAGCUGAACCUGCUGAGCCUCGAGACUGAGCAGGACCUGAGCCAGCUGUGCUCUGCCUCCAGAGAUCUGCACAGACCUCUGCAGAGCCUACAGGACAACAUCAGCAGUGGUUGCCAGUCAGCAGAGCAGCAGGUAAACUCGCAGGCGGAGCUCCUCUCCUCCACCUCUUCCUCUUUGGCCUCCUCGCUCCGAAACAACGCAGACGAGAAGCACCACACGCUGGAGGAGAUGAUGGCCAGCUGUGCCCACGUUCACACCUCCGUCUCUGGUCUGGUGGAGAGAGACCUCCAGUGGACCUUCAAAACAAAGGAACAUGCUGAGACUAAAGCCCAGGAACGACUCACUCUUCUGGGCAGUGUUUCCACAGAGGUCCUUGGUCUACAGCAGAGUCUGGAGGCCUUGUGCUCAGACCUGCAUGGCACCUCAGCGGAGCAGCUCUCGGCUCACACACAGCAGGUGAACAGCUCCCUCCAGGCCCUCCAGAGGCAGACGUCCCAGGACUGUGAGGCCGUGGGGCUGCAGCAGGCUGAACUUCACAAGCAUGCGGAGAGCAGUGAGCAGCUGGUCAGGGCCUUCCUACAGGAAGAGCUGCAGCAGGAUGUCCCCACUGGUGCCACCCCUCAACGGCGGGAUUUUGUGUACCCUCGACACCUGGUAAAGGGCCGGAGCCGCUCUGAGUUGCUGGAGAGCCUCAGGAAGGAGCAGGAGUCACUUAAGACUGCUCUGGAGGAGGAAGAGGAGGAAGAAGAUGAGGAAGAUGCUCAGAGCCAGGUUGACCAGGACUCUCUGGAGGAUGAGCCCAGUACGUGUAAUGAAAGCCUGGCCACUGAGCCGUCCUUCAUCGAUGAGAACCUUGUCUUCAAUGAGAGCAAACGGGUUCCCUUCUUUAAGAAAAAGAAAGGCAGUCGAAAAGAGUCCAAGGUCCCAGCCCGGCCCAAAGGAGCAGAGAGCGUGUCUUCUAUCACACCACAAAAGUCCAGACUACCACUGCGCUGUCAGAACUAAUGCUUAUGUGUGUUUUUUUUUUUUUGUUUAGUUUUGUGUCUUUUAAAUAUUUGUAUAAAUGUUGAAAUGCCGACAAGCUGGCAUCUAUUUUAAAACUGUAACUGUUUGUCACACACAAAUUAAAAGUUUUGUACUUUAAA